AUGAUCAUGGCACAAGACUGCGUGCCCGGCCCAGUGUCACUGCCCAUUGUCAACGUCACUUUGGCUACUGGCAAGACGCGACGUGGCAUCGCCGUCAAUGUUGGCCAACCGAGCAGCAAUUUGCCUUCUUACCCAAAUGGGACAAUAACAACGCUUUCUUGCUACGAUCCACAGAACAUCAUCGGCCUGGGUUCUGCUUCCUCGCUCAUCAACGCUCUACGCAAGGCAGGUCACAUUAUGUCGAGCGCCGUUGGGUUCUACUGGGGUCUGGACGGUGUCAAUGACCGGGACCAAAGACCGGGGGCCCUCGUCUUAGGCGGAUAUGACAAGGCAAAGACGUACGGCGAUGGCUAUACGGCCUUCUUAACUGACACAAGGGAUUGCGAGAGUGGCAUGACGGUGCCUCUCCGCGACAUUGUGCUCAACUUUGCCAAUGGCACCAAUGCUUCCAUCUUCCCGCGAGAAAACGGUGGCACCGUACUACGAGCCUGUCUCCUGCCCGAACGCCCCGUAAUUAUGGACAUGCCUCGAACUCCUUACUUCAAGAACCUACUAGCCGGGAUAGGAAAUUUGGAGUACAGUCGCUCCGCGAGCAUAGAUUGGUGGAGCGUGAUUCUCGAUCCUAGAUUGCCAAUCGGCCUGCAGAUUAAGAUACUCAAUCAUCAGCUUAUCGUGCCUGAACGCUGCAUCGAGGCCGGAGGGGAGAUCUCCGUCAACGACUCGCGGCCUGCUAUACGCAUCAACUCGCUGCAAGUCACAACAGCUAACUACAUACCGGUUCUGGGCCGAUACUUCCUCACCAGCGCCUACCUCAUGGCCAACCGCGGCGCUAAUCAGUUCACACUCUGGGAGGCCAACCCAACGUCCGAAGAGAACCUGGUCGCCGUCAAUGACAAGAACGAGGUGUUUCCAGCCACAGCCAAAGAGGUUUGUGCCAGGCAGCCAACUGCGUCGCUCCAGCCGGAGCGAGGCUCCAGUUCCAAUGGUGGCGGUUCAGGGGCCUCCAUAACUCCUGGAGCCGUCGCUGGAAUUGCUGUUGGUGCAGCAGCUGCCCUUCUGGCUGCCGCCGCUCUCAUCUGGUGGCUCUUGGGGCGGAAGCGCAAGGGCAAGACGACGCAAUCAGAGCCCAACUUUCAGAAUGGGCGAGACCUAUCGCAGUCCCCCAAGCAAAAUCUUGGUUAUCCCAGCCAGGGCUUCCCACAUUUUAUUCCGCAGGAGAUUUCGUCGGAGCCCAUGAAACACCAACCGACAGAGAUGCCGGCUUUAAUUGAGGACGACUUGGGCUACACUGUAUACUACAUGUACGUGCUCUUUUUGCAUAGAUCUCUUGGGCAGGUCAGUUUCUACAGCGAGGCUACGUGA